CAGCUGAAGUGGCAGCCUUGUUAUUGAUUGUGUUAUCUACUCUCAGCCUUGGGGCCAUUGUGGUUGUUUUGGUGUCAGAUGUACUUUUGAUAUUGAGUCUUUUAAUAAGACUAUGUUGUGAGCGGAGUUCAAAGAUUUCUUACCCCUCCAACAUUUUGGACUUGCAACAGCAAAAGCCAGAAAACCGGAGCCAAGCCGUCGAUUUGCAUGCCCGAUUCCGGGUCAGCUCUGAGGAUCAAAUGUUACCGGCCAGGCACGCGUGACUACUCCGCCUGUGCCAUUGCCGUUCGCCCUCAGCUACCGCCCAUUGGGUUAUGGUGUCGUAUGCCCAUCUACAAAAGGCCCGGGUUGCUUUAAAGUGGUCUCUUUGACAAGAUAUCGGUAUACAUGAGAUCAAAGCCUGGAUAUUCUGUAUGUUGGAGACUUGACUGUCAGUCCGGACUAAGGGGCCCGUUGAAAGAAGACAAAGGCGUGCCUGAGACCUGACCGCCAUCGGGCCAACAUCAACUCUUCCCAAAUGCUUGGGCCCUCCAAUCGCAUGGCGUCAUCUGUCUCCACCGAUCACUGACACCUCAUCGAACACUCAUGAAUGUCCAUUCAUACAUCCAAAUGGAAUCCAGGAACAAGAGAGAUCGGCAAUAUCGGGCAGUUGGGUUGUUGAUUGCAAAAUUGGUGUGAUGGCCUAAAAGCCAACCAUUGCGAGAUACUCUUGGUUUUGGCUUCUCCUGUACUUGGGUGGCCUCAUCGAAUCUCUCUCUCUCUCGGAGCAACUGGCAAUUGUCCGAGCGGCUGGAAGAGGCCCAGAGCGGGCGGGCAACGCAUCCACCUUGAGGCUGCUGCAGGCGGGUGACUUCCACUGUCUGACGUCGUGACCUUUGAAAGGAACCACCACCUCAUGAAGCAAUCAUUUCCCUUCCCCUUUUGCCCCCUUUCCAAUAAAAUCGCAAGCCCUUCAACGCCUCUCUCUGUAACUGCAUAAAACGGCACCUAAUAAGGCAGAAACAAGAAGCCGCCAUUCAGGUACAACACAUCAAACAACUACAGAUAAAAGACCCCCCAUUCCCCGCAUCCCGCAUUAACACUACGUGCCACACCCACCGCUGCUAGUACACCAUAAGACCACCACCACCACCACCCAGCUGAGUCAACCGAUCCGAUCGUCGACCCCUAAUAGCAGCAGCCCUCGCUCGCCUCUUUCGCAAGUGCGCGCCUGCCAACUCCAAAAAGAAAACCAUUAAGACCGACGCCAAAAACUCCACGCGGGCGUGUCCCUUUGAAAGCCACACCAUCCCAAACGACUGGUAACGUAGCGAUCCAAGUCGGCAAAGAUGGCUUCCCCGCGUCGCCGCAUCGAGACAGAUGUCAUGAAGCUGUUCAUGAGCGAUUAUGAGGUCACCUUGGUCAAUGAUAAUAUGUAAGUCAAGCUCGACGCCACGACGAUGGCUACAGCGGCCCGAUACUCUACACGGUGCGAUGGUUUGCAAGAUGGGAACCUUGAUGACUGAUGCGAGUGGUGGGAACGAUAGGCAGGAGUUUUACGUUCGGUUCAAGGGACCUACUGAGAGUAUGUUAUAUCUGCUCGAUAAAAGAGGUGGGAUAGCUAACCCGGUGCAGCUCCCUUCGAAGGUGGUGUCUGGAAGGUUCAUGUCGAGCUCCCUGAUCAGUACCCGUAUAAGUCGCCGAGUAUUGGGUUCGUGAACAGGAUUUUUCACCCUAAUAUUGAUGAGCUGUCUGGAUCGGUCUGCCUCGACGUCAUCAACCAAACCUGGUCGCCCAUGUUCGACAUGAUCAAUAUUUUCGAAGUCUUCCUUCCGCAGCUGCUGCGCUACCCGAACCCGACGGAUCCGCUGAAUGGGGAGGCGGCAGCGCUGUUGAUGAGGGAGCCGAAAAGCUAUGAUAUCAAGGUCAAGGAGUACGUCCAGAAGUACGCCAGCAAAGAAGCAGCCGACGAUGCCGGCGCCGAAAGCGAAGACGACGACGAUCUGUCCUCGGUGGCGAGUUUCGACGACGACGAUGAGGAACAGCAGCCAGCUGGUAAGAUGGAUGAUGUAUAGGGUUGGAUUUGUCGUUUGUUUCCGAGGGGUACUCCAGCGGUGUGUUGAAUGCUUUUUCGUCUUGACCAAAUCAUGGAUGGACUACAGGUAUGGGUGGAUAAGGGAGUUGCAAUGGCUUGGUACGGUACUAAGGGUUUUCUAACGGUUCUGGUUCCUGGUUUUGAUAUCCAUUGUUUUUCUUUUCUUGGAGGUUGAUGCACACUCGGAGGCUAUGAAUGUGUUGUUUGGUUUGCUUGGCUCCGGACUUCCGGCAACAAAGAGUCUGAGGUUGGCUUGUGUGAGAAACAGUCAGACUGUGAACCUGACUGCACACAGUUUAGGCGACUUCACUAUAUAUGUUCAGGAUCAAGUUAUAGAGCGACUUUUACAACGACUGCUAGGGUUGUAGAGUGAGGCAGCAGCUACAGAUCUGGAGCAAGCUGCAGCCAGCCAAUCAGCGCCGAUAAGACAGAGUAUGAC